AACCCCACAGGCCACAGCCACAGCACAGCAAAUGCAGGGGUGGUGCCAUGACCACCUCCUGAGAAAACAAAAAUAAUAAUAUUAUUAUUAUUAUUAUGGCAGAGGUCUCCUCCUCCUCCUCCCCCUCCUACCUUAACCUCCUCGACCCAGAACCCAACGACGUCGCUCCUCAAACUCAAACCCUAAUCCUAACCCUAGACUCCCUCUCCUACUGGUCUAACCUCUCUGACCCCCAAUUCCCUCUAAACGAUCUCUAUUCACCCCGCAGAUCAACCCUUCUCAUUCGAUCCCUUCCAGAGGACGAAGACGUUUCCGAUAUUGAUUCUAUUGCCAACGCUGCUGACCUGUACGCCCGCGAUAACCAGGUUAAUUUUGUCAUGGAUCUGUUCCACCAACGUGUCGACCAGUCCCAGGUAAUGGGUGACGCCCAUUUGGUCUGCGAAGCCCUUAACGAUUCACUUUUUGGGGUUAUUGAGGGCAACCUCGAUGUGGGUAUUGAUGAUGGGUUGGACCUCGAUUUAGGGCUAGGGCUAGACUUAGGGUUUCGGGUGGAUAGACAUUGUUUCGAUGGGGACGAGAGCGAUAAUUGUGGUUUUAUGGUUGAAAACUGUGCUGGUGGGUGGUGCGCUUCCACUGCUUAUGAUGACCAUGAUGAUGAUGAUGAUGAUGAUGAUGAUGGUUUUUUUGUGGGGCAGAGGGUUUCGAGGUCCGAAUCGGUCCAGCCACGGUCCACGGUUAGCGCGGGGGAACGCGUUUGGCUUUCUGGGUUCGGAUCCGAUGAUUCAGACGAGGAUGAGAACGACCUCGUUUUGGGAAUUGAUUUGCAAUCGGAGAACGAUGAUUAUUAUGGUGAGUUGGAUCGUGUACUUGAGGGUGCUAAUGACGAUGAUACAAGCGUCAACGUUCCUCUCUGUUGGGAUUCUUUUCAAUUGGAGGAUCACAGGGAGGCCAAUGAAGACUUCGAGUGGGAGGAAGUGGACGGUCGCGUCGAUGAGAGAGAGUUUCUUAGCAUGUUCCUCGAUGCUGAGGAUGAGAGACCACCAGUUUUGGUCUCGGUUUCACCAGUAAUUGGUCCCGAAGAGGAAGGGAGUAUAGUGAGAGUCGGAGGGCUGGAGAAUCUGGGCUGGGAAGUUUUGCUGAAUGCUACAAAUUUGGAGAUGAACCCGGGACUGGAUGAUGAUGGUGAACCUUAUUUUGGUGAUCAUGAGGAUUAUAUUCAUAACGCCGAUGCGGAGUAUGAGAUGUUGUUUGGGCAAUUUGCUGAUUAUGAUAUAAUGGGUAGGCCUCCGGCUUCCAAAUCUGUGGUUCAGAAUUUGCCCUGGGUGGUUAUGACUCAGGAGGAUGUGGACAAUAACAAUGCGCUUUGUACAGUUUGUAAGGAUGACAUGAAUGUAGGGGAACAAGGUAAGCUGUUACCCUGUGCUCAUCGAUACCACCGUGACUGCAUUGUACCGUGGUUGGGGAUUAGGAAUACAUGCCCUGUUUGUCGGUAUGAAUUGCCAACGGACGAUGCUGAUUAUGAGCAUAAAAGGGAACAAAGGGCUAGCCGCAGCGCAUGAUGGUAACUUGUUGUCGAAUUUGAUUUUGAAAAUCUUUUUCAUUGAGCAUUAGGUUGUUAAAAAUGUAGAUAUUGUUAUGGAAAGAGUCCAUUUCUCUUUGUGAGGAUAAUGCGAUUCUUGAUUAUUUUUUGUGUUUUGAUGAGAGUAUAAGAAUGUUUGUUACUGGUUUGUACUUUUUUGGGUUGUUCGUAUUAAUCAAUUUCAAUAAGUUAUGCA